AGCAUCUUUUCUCUCUCUCCCCCUACUGUAGCCAUGCAUCUGUUUGGUCUGAACUGGCAGAUGCAGGAGACAGAGGGCUACGGCUUUGAAAACGGUCAGGGGAGGUCAGACACCACACCCAACACCAUCACCGCACUGUCUGCUGAUAACGGUAAACUAGGGGUGUUCCUCCAGGAGAACAACACCAUAGACACGGGGGAGGUGGACGUGGGGCGCAGGGCCGUUCAGGAAGUCCCACCAGGGAUCUUCUGGCGCUCCCAGCUCUACAUUGACCAGCCCCAGUUCCUCAAGUUCAACAUCUCAGUGCAGAGGGAUGCGUUGGUGGGGGUCUACGGCAGGAAGGGCCUGCCCCCCUCGCAUACACAGUAUGACUUUGUGGAGCUGCUGGAUGGCAGUCGCCUGAUCACCAAGGAGAAGCGCGGGCUGGUGGAGGUGGAGGGCGUGUCAAGGCGGGCGCGCUCGGUGAGCGUGCACGAAGCGGGCUUCAUCCAGUACCUGGACUCUGGCAUCUGGCACCUGGCUUUCUACAACGACGGGAAGAACUCAGAACUGGUCUCCUACAACACCAUCGUCAUAGAGUCCGUUAUGGAGUGUCCCCACAAUUGCCAUGGCAACGGUGACUGUCUGUCUGGAACGUGUCAUUGCUUCCCAGGGUUCCUUGGGCCUGAUUGCUCAAGAGCUUCAUGCCCCGUGCUGUGCAGUGGUAACGGCCAGUACUCCAGGGGUCGCUGCCUGUGCUUCAGUGGCUGGAAGGGGACAGAGUGUGACGUGCCCAGCAACCAGUGUAUAGACAUCCACUGUGGGGGACACGGCAUCUGUAUCAUGGGCAUCUGUGCCUGCAACACCGGAUACAAGGGAGACAACUGUGAAGAAGUGGACUGCCUGGACCCUGGCUGUUCGGCCCAUGGUGUGUGUAUCCACGGGGAGUGCCACUGUAGCCCGGGCUGGGGGGGCACCAACUGUGAGACCCUCAAGACCAUGUGCCCCGACCAGUGCUCCGGCCACGGCACCUACCAGAGCGAAAGCGGCACCUGCACCUGCGACACCAACUGGACCGGCCCCGACUGCUCCGUCGAGGUGUGUGUGGUGGACUGCGGCUCCCACGGCGUGUGUUUCGGGGGCAGCUGUCGUUGCGAGGAGGGCUGGACGGGAACGGUCUGUGACCAGAAGGCCUGCCACCCCAUGUGCACUAAGAACGGAGUCUGCAAGGAGGGCAAGUGUGAGUGCAACCAGGGCUGGACCGGAGAGCACUGCAACAUCGCUCACAAUCCGGAUAUUAGAGUCAAAGAGGGCUGCCCAGGCCUGUGUAACAACAACGGCCGCUGUACCCUGGACCAGAACGGAUGGCACUGCGUCUGCCAGUCCGGGUGGCGUGGGGCGGGAUGCGACGUCGCCAUGGAGACCCUCUGCACCGACGGCAAGGAUAACGAAGGAGACGGCCUGGUUGACUGUAUGGACCCAGACUGUUGCCUCCAGACAUCCUGUCAGAACCAGCCGUACUGCCGCGGCUCCCCGGACCCCUCUGACAUCAUCAGUCAGAGCCCGUCCAGCCUGAUGCCCCAGCAUGCCGCACGCUCCUUCUACCAACGCAUCCGCUUCCUGGUUGGACCAGAGGGCAGCCACGUGAUCACCGGGGACAACCCCUUCAACAAGAGCCUGGUGUCCAUCAUCAGAGGCCAAGUGCUGACGGCAGACGGAACCCCCCUCAUAGGAGUCAAUGUUACCUUCGUCCACUACCCCGACCACGGAUACACCGUCACGCGCAAGGACGGCAUGUUUGACCUGUUGACCAACGGUGGGGCCAGUCUGACCCUGAGUUUCGAGCGGGCUCCGUUCCUGAUACAGUACCGCACCGUGUGGAUCCCCUGGAACGUCUUCUAUGUCAUGGACACCCUGGUCAUGAAGAAGGAGGAGAAUGACAUCCCCAGCUGUGACCUGAGUGGUUUUAUCAGGCCCAGUCCUGUCAUCGUGGCCUCUCCCCUCUCUACCUGCUUCAGGUCCUCACCAGAGGAUGGGCCCAUCAUACCUGAGACACAGGUCCUCCAGGAGGAGACGUCCAUCCCGGGCAGCGACCUCAACCUGCUGUACUUGGGCAGCAGGGCGGCCGGCUACAAGCCUGUCCUCAAGGUCACCAUGACCCAGGCCAGUGUGCCCUUCAACCUCAUGAAGGUGCACCUGAUGGUGGCGGUGGUGGGGCGUCUGUUCCAGAAGUGGUUCCCUGCCCAGCCCAACCUCUCCUACACCUUCAUCUGGGACAAGACAGACGCUUACAACCAGAAGGUCUACGGCUUGUCUGAGGCAGUCGUGUCAGUGGGUUUUGAGUACGAGUCGUGUCUGGACUUGAUCCUGUGGGAAAAGAGGACAGCCACACUGCAGGGCUAUGAGCUGGACGCGUCCAACAUGGGAGGCUGGACGCUGGACAAACACCAUAUACUGGAUAUCCAGAACGGUAGGAACAUGACUGCACACACACACACACACACACACACACACACACACACACACACACACACACACACACACACACACACACACACACACACACAGACACACACCAAGCACACAUGCGUGUACCUCCCCCCACACACACUGACUCAUCACCAAUGA